AUGGUCUUUGAUAUCAGACAUUUGUCGCAAACAAUGAAAUUAGUUGAAAAACAGAAUCAUUUACAGGUGGUGGCUCCGCAACUGCAAAAAUCCCAAUCGGCCCGGGGCCUGUUCAUCGAGGACAUAUGCGCCACCGAAGGUUAUGCCGGCGAUAGGUUAUGGCUAAUAUUAGCGAACCAAGUUGAAGAUCCCGUAUGUUUGUCGUUUACACUCGAAGAAGAGGGUGUCCCGGCGGAGGAGGUUGUACAAAGAGAAAAGUUAUUCACCUUUACCGUGCCAACUCUUCCAUUUACUCAAGACCGAAGUGUUCAACUCACCCUGAGAAGUCAGACGUUACACAUAAGUAUUCCCUUCACCUAUAGAACAAGGACGGACAACAGCGCUGCUUUUCAAUUCGAGAGCCUCGCUGAAUUUGCUGCCACUGGGGAAAUUUCCUCACUUAUCCUCCCUUUCGCAAGCCAUAUCGGUGACCGAGAUGGCGAAGGAAACACGGUGUUGCAUAUAUCAGCGAAAAAUUCUCAAAGCUUUGCUCUCAAGCUGCUCCUUUCGGCACUUCCAUCCGAUCAGAAAGAAGCAGUGCUAGACAUCCGGAAUAUUCGCGGCCAGACUGCUCUUCAUUGUGCUGUUCGAGCUGGUGACCCCGACAGUGUUCACUAUUUAUUGAGCCAUGGCAGCGGUACAAGAAUACUAGACAAUCACAAGAACUCCGUAAUUCAUUACCUAGCUGAUGCCUACAAUGAAGCGAUAUUCAAAGAAAUCCUCGAAACACCAGGAGCCUGUGAUAAUGAACUUGACGCUCUUAACGAAGAAGGGUUCUCGGCCCUACAUCUUGCCGUUAGAAGGUUGAAGCUUAGCCUGAUUGAAAUGCUUUUGGAAGCCGGUGCUUCGAUUAACUCCAAGGACCAUGCUGGACGAACUGCACUCUUUCACGCCGUGAACAUGAAUGACGUCGAGAUCGUCCAGUUUCUUCUCGGGAAAGGAGCUGAUCCGAACGUCGAAGACGAAUCCGGAGAGACUCCUCUCCUGCUGUGUGCGAAAACGGCGAACUAUGCGAUUAUGGGUCUACUAAUCGAUGCUGGAGGUGAUCCGAAGAAGCAGAAUUGUGAUGGAUGCUCAUUAUCGGAUAGCAAUGAUGCAACGGUUCAACGAAUCAUCGCAGAGAGAGGUAUAUCAAGGGUAGUUGAUGGUCGCUUCAGCUUUAUGGCCGCAUCAGAACUUAUAUCUUCUUGGGAAAGUAUGAGAGCAGGUACCUACGUCAUCUGCUUAGAUGCUAAUCAUUACCUCAAAGUCCGUUUUUCCUCCUUUCAAUUGUUGAAAAAAACAUUUGGACGUGGAGUUAUCAAUCCUUUCAGGGUUGCGUUGCCAGAGAAAGAGGUACCUCCACCAGUGCCAUCUGACCUCACUACAACUCGCUCGGCGCUUUUCGGCAGGUCGUUACCAAACCUUCACGGUGGAAGUAUGACUGCACCUCCCGAAUGUGGUGACCCCACUUCGCAUCGUUCAUAUCCGUUCCAAGCAGAGCACAGCCGCCAGGCGAACAGCCAAGAUCACAGCCAUCAUAUGGUCAGUGUACUUUUUAAAACGACGAAUUCUCGAAACAGUUGUCGAAGUUACUUCAGUGGUGACAGUGCUCAUAUAUCUCCAGAUCGAGGAGAAGCAGCAUCAGGCGAUCUGUCGACGAUUCCGAUGGCGAAUACACGGAUGACCAACCGUCAACGAGUUCUGGAAGUAGAUCUCGAAGAAGCGCUCGGCAUAGUAAAAUGUCUCAAGACUAGACAUUCAUGCCUGAUUAUUUGA